GAAGAGAGAGAGAGGUUGACGGUUGCUAGGUGACGGGGCACAUAUACUGAAUUUUAACCAAAGAACAGGCAAAGCAGGAGCGAGAGAGUGUGUGUGAGAGGGGAGAUAGUGAGAGAGAGGGAGGACAAGAGAGAGGAGAGGAGAGAGAGAGGGGGAGAGAGAUCGCUGGAUACAUGUAGAACAUAUAUGUAUGUAUAGAGAUAUUUUCCCAACGUGUGUGUGGGUGUGUGUGUGUGUGUGUGUGUGUGUAUGUGUGUGUGUGUGUGUGCAUGCAUGCGCGCGUGUGUGUGAGUGAGUGAGUGAGUGUGAGGAGCCAGCGGGAGACACACGCACGCUCUCUCUCGCUCUCUCACGCACACACACACACACACACGCACACACACGCAAAAACGGAUACCUCAAAACGGAAGGAUGUGAAAAAGGAUGGAGGGACGCAGGGAAAGAGGGGGGAAAGGCUGGUGAAAAACAGCACCCUCUCUUUGGGCCAUACAUAUCUGCCUCCCCCCUCGGCAGGUUGCCAUGGUCGCCAUACCCACCCUCUUUCUCCUAUUGGUCCUAGCAGAGUGGAGAGGUCCGGCGGAUGCCUCCCCCCACCUGCUGCUGCGCCCCAGCCCGCGGGAGCGCGACGCGGGAGCAAUGAUGAACUUUAACAUCGCCGUGAUCCACGCCGGCGCAACAGUGCAGGCGGAGGCAGCGGUGGCCGGACCCGGGGGACGGGUGCUCUAUCCCGGUUUCGGCAGGGUGUACGGUUCCCUGGGGGAGAGCGUGGUCACCCAGUGGGGCUCUGCGAACGUCAUCUGGCUACAGGUGAAUGACAGCAGCCCUAAGACGGUGCUGUCCCAGCUGUGUGAGCUGCUGGCUGCUCGGCCCCUGCAGGGUCUGGUUUACGAAGAGGAGAGGCCCCCGCGCACGGCCUGGGGUCCUCUGGCCCCCAUGCUGGAGUUUGUGUCGGCGCAAACGGGACUGCCCAUAGUGGCAGUAGGAGGGGGAGCGGGGCUGGGGAGAAUGCCACAGGAAUCAGGUUCCAUCUUUCUCCAGUUCAGCUCCUCUACAGUCCUCCAACUGGAGGUCAUAUUUGAGGUGCUGGAGGAGUACGACUGGACCUCCUUCUCUGUGGUGUCCACGCGUCACCAUGGCUACCAGGAUUUCCUGUCGGUGGUGGAGGGCCUGACGGACGGCUCAUUCAUCGGCUGGGAAAAGAAGAGCGUGGUCAUCCUGAACGUAACUGACGAUCCCGGGGGUGCGCGCACGCGCAGGCUGCUGAAGGAGAACGAGGCGCAGCUUGUAUGUGUGUGUGUGGUGUGCGUGUGUGUGUGUGUGUGUGUGCGUGUGUGUGUGCGUGUGUGUGUUUGUCUCCCCCCCUCCCUGAUCCCUCCCCACUUUCCUGCUGUCCUGCAGGUCCGCUUGCUGUACUGCUCCCAAGAGGAGGCCGAGCUGGUCUUCCGAGCGGCCUGGGCCGCCGGUCAGGCCGGAGCCUCACACAUGUGGUUCGCCGUUGGGCCAGCGCUCUCAGGUUUAGGCAUGGAGAGCCUGCCGAGGGCUCUGUUUGCCGUGCGGCCCCAGGGAUGGAGGGAUGAACCCCGCCGGAGGAUUGCGCGGGGAGUGUCGGUGCUGACGCACGGGGCCGUGGCCAUGCGCAAGGAUUACGGGACAACGGGCGGGCCGAACUUUGUCACCAACUGCAUGACGGAUGCCAAUCAGACCCAGAGAAUGCGGGGCAGGAUGAGGUACUUCAGCAACAUCACGCUCGGUGGCCGAGAUUACUCCUUUGACGCUGACGGCUACCUAGGCAAUCCAUUCCUAGAUGUCAUAUCCUGGACACCUGGGAGAGGAUGGGAAGAUGUAGGCUGGUGGGAGAAUGGCGUACUAAGGCUGCGAUACCCAGCUUGGUCCCGCUAUGGGCCUUUCCUUAAACCUCCAGACGAUGCCCAGCACCUGCGUGUUGUCACCCUGGAGGAACGACCAUUCGUCAUUGUGGAGCUGGCAGACCCUGCAUCUGGAACUUGCAUCCGAGACUCAGUGCCCUGCAGACGGCCCCUCAAUGCCAGCGCCAACCAUGAAGGAGUGGCUCCCAUGAAGCAAUGCUGCAAGGGCUUCUGCAUCGACAUACUCAAGAGAUUGGCCAAGAUAGUCGGUUUCACCUACGACCUUUAUCUGGUGACCAACGGGAAGCAUGGGAAGAAAAUUGACGGCAUUUGGAACGGCAUGAUUGGAGAGGUGGUAUACAAGCGGGCAGAUAUGGCCAUUGGCUCUCUGACUAUCAAUGAGGAGAGAUCAGAGGUUGUGGAUUUCUCUGUCCCUUUUGUGGAAACGGGGAUCAGUGUCAUGGUCUCCCGUAGCAACGGAACUGUAUCACCAUCUGCUUUCCUAGAGCCCUACAGCCCAGCAGUGUGGGUGAUGAUGUUCGUCAUGUGCCUGACCGUAGUGGCUGUGACUGUCUUCAUCUUCGAGUUUUUCAGUCCUGUGGGCUACAACCGCAGUCUACAAACUGGCAAGAAGACAGGAGGGUCUACUUUCACUAUUGGAAAGUCUGUGUGGCUUUUAUGGGCCAUUGUCUUCAAUAACUCUGUGCCCGUGGAAAACCCCAGAGGAACAACGAGCAAGAUCAUGGUGCUGAUCUGGGCCUUCUUCGCCGUUAUCUUCCUGGCCUCGUACACUGCUAACCUGGCAGCCUUCAUGAUCCAGGAGGAGUACAUUGACACGGUGUCAGGGCUCUCAGACAAGAAGUUUCAGCAUCCCGAGGAGCAGUACCCACCACUAAAGUUUGGCACGGUGCCCAACGGGAGCACAGAAAAAAAUAUCCGCUCCAACUACCCAGACAUGCACCAGUACAUGGGUAAAUACAACCAGAGAGGAGUGGAGGACGCCAUUAUCAACCUCAAGACUGGGAAACUGGAUGCUUUUAUUUACGAUGCUGCAGUAUUGAACUAUAUGGCCAGGAAGGACGAAGGUUGUAAGGUGAUGACCAUAGGCUCGGGGAAGGUUUUUGCCACCACAGGCUACGGUAUCGCCCUGCACAAAAACUCACGCUGGAAACGUCCUCUUGACUUGGCCCUUCUGCAGCUGGUGGGAGAUGAUGAAAUUGAAAUGCUGGAGCGUCUUUGGCUGUCAGGUAUCUGCCAUAAUGACAAAAUUGAGGUGAUGAGCAGUAAGCUAGAUAUUGACAACAUGGCUGGGGUCUUCUACAUGCUUCUGGUGGCUAUGGGCCUCAGCCUACUGGUGUUUGCCUGGGAACACUUGGUCUACUGGAAGUUACGCCAUUGCAUGGCCACUAGCUCAGGCAAACUUGACUUCCUCCUAGCUAUCAGCAGGGGCAUGUAUAGCUGCUGUAGCUUUGAAGAUGAAACAGCGCCAGGGGGUGCUAAAUCAUUGACUUCUCAUCACCACACCGCUAUGGUUCCUGUCCCAUCUCAACCACAUGUUAUCUCGACGUCAAUGACCAGUCCAGCUAUUGCUGUAGCACAGCAGCAGCAACCACCACAACAGCAACCGCAGUCAGUUUACAAGACACCUCUACCUGGCUCUCCUCCCACCGUGGUGCAUUCAGGAACAGCAGUGGGUCCCUCCAGCACCCCCAUUGCUGGUGCACCCCUCCCUUGCUCCACCUUCCUGCCUCGGCCAGAUCGCAGACUGGCUGUGGUGGAUCGCUGGAGACUGCCCAAAUCUGCAACAGCUACCAACCCUAGGGCUGUAAGGGGUGGUAUUCCUGACAUGGGACCUUUUGCUCAAAAGGUAGUACCAAACUGGGCUUCAACUGCUGGAGGAGGUGGGGGACUUGAUGGUUAUAAGAGAUACUAUGGUCCCAUUGACCCUGAGGGACUGGGGCCCUGCAUGGAGCAGCAGGCAGGGUCCCAGACCCCCAAGACUAUGCCAAUGGGCCACCCCCAGCCCCCUCCAGCCAGUGUGGCCUUCUAUUCUGAAAAGAGCAUGGAUCAUGGGGUAGGGAAGAGGGUGGUGGGUAGUGGCAGCGGAGGUCAGGGGAAAGUGGCUGUUAAACCUCUUGGAACCCCGAGACUGCCUCCUAAGAGUCAAGCCCCUCUGCCUCCUACACCUCCACUGCCACACCCCUCUCCCCCUCUCCCCUCAUCCUUUUGGAGAAGGCGAAGGCCCAAGAAGCCCAAAGAACCUGGGCCACUGUACGAGAACAUUCUGCCCCCGGGGCAGAGGGUAGUGGCACGAGAUGGAGUGAGGGAGGUAGGAGGAAGGAGAACACGCCCCCUUUCUCCCCCACUCUCACUCCCUGUGCCGGUACCCCUCAGCCCCUCCUAUACCCCUCCCUCACCGUCAGCAUCCUUGCACUAUACGUCCUCAUCUUCUUCGUCGACUACGUCGUCAACAUCCACAUCCUCAUCUGCCUCAUCUUCUCGCUCCACCUCCCCCACAUACUCUUAUAGCUCCUCCAGGAGCACGCGGGACAGGGCCGGAGGACUUGAUGAAGAGGAUGAUGAUGAUGAUGAGGAGCUGACAGAAGAGUCAAGCCUUCUCCUUGGGAGGGGCCGAGAGCGGGAACGCUCAAUCAUUCGGCCUCGUUCCUUGAGCCACGGGCGCUUGCCUCCACCUAUACCGCCAAGGAAACCACGCACAUCAUGGGGUGACAGAGAACGUGAACGAGAGAGGGGUGGCAGCCAGCUGUCUCAACUUCAAGAGUGGUGGGCAAGCUGGAGUGAGAGAGAGAAGAGUGGAGGUGGGGCAGAUGCUGAGAGGCAAAAACGUGAGAAGAAGAGGAGAAAAGAGAAGGAGAAGAGGAAAAAGAAAAAGAACAAAAAGAGAAAGAAAAGGGAAGAAAGGGAAAGAGAACGUGAGAGAGAAAGGAAACGAAGAAAAGUGAAAAGGAAGAAGAAAAAGGCACUCAGGACAAAGAAAAGGAAGAAAUCUACUGGGGGGAAAAGAUCAGAGCCAGAAGAUGGAGAUAUAGAGCCAGAGAGGGAAGGUGAAGUGGAAGGAGAGAGGGAAGUAGGAAUUCAGGACUACUCUUCCUUUUCUGCCCAGUAUCGGAGUACAUUUGGAGAGAAGCAGCGGGAAUCAUGGGAUGGAGAGCGGGAGAGACUGGGAAGAGAUGGAGGUGAGGAGGGCAAUGACAGGGAAGGGGAGGACAGUGGGAGAAGUAGAGAGAGGCAUUCCAAAUCAUCACACACUCAUUCCAGACAUCGUGCCGCCAGCAAGCGCUACCCCAACCUGAACAAACUCCCUGCCUCAGUCAAAUUUUGGGUGAACGGAAGGGAAGAUGACUCAAAUACUCCCCCCACAUCCCUGCACCCCUUCCUUCCAUCCAGCAAGCGACGAAGAAGUGGAGGCAUAGAUAGAGAUGACAGUGGCAGGGGAGGAGAGAGGCGUCCUUUGUUGAUGCCUUAUGAAAAAGAGAAAGCACAGACCAGAGAGGGGCUUUCCUUACAUGAGUGGGACUCCGAUGAUGAUGAGGAUGAUGAUGAUGAGGAAGAGGAGGAUAGGGAAAGAGAUAGGGAUCGGGCAGGGCAGAGAGGAAGGAGGGCAGGUCGGGGAGCAGUGUCUGAAACAGAGAGGGAUAGGAUAGAAAGAAGGGCAGAGGACAGUUACUCAGAUGAAGGCUCAUCAGGGGAGUUCGGCCGUUUUGAAAGGUACUGGGAGGGAGGUGGGGGGAACAGCUCUGGGAUAGGCGGUAUAGGUGGCGGAGGGUGGUUCUUUGGCACAUAUCCCUCGAGAGAGAGAGGAGGCAGUAUCAAUAGUCGGGAUGAUUCCUUGCUUGGAAUUAGGGCAGAGGGCUGGAUUGGUACUGAUUUUUGGAGUUCAGGGGCCGGUGUAAGUUGGGAAUCGGGGGGGGGGAGUGGAGGACUGGGCUCACAGUUGCCACCAGCCCCCUCAGCAUUCCCACCACCAAGGAGAUACUGGUCUAUGGACAAGAUUCCUAUUAAGGGAGAAAAAAAGUGGAAGACCGGAGGUAGGAAAAGUAAGAGGCAAGCAAGGGACAGAGGGGAGGAAGCUCGACGGGCCACGAUGUGUUCUUGUAGCCUUUACCCACAUCCCCAUUCCUACCCACAUCCACACAGCCGCUCACGCGCCUCCCAUUCCAAAAGGCGACCCACCUCACUAUCGCAUAGCCAGGAAGAGCUUCUCCCCCACUGCAGAAGUUUCAGCGGGGGCUCUCGGCCCAAGCCUCUUCCUCCAAAAGCAGAUCCCAGUCAGGCCAAAUCAGGCAGCCAAUCUAACCUCAGCACACAGCCCUCUGACCGAGCACCUCAACCUCCUCCGUCACCACCUCAGCAGCCAUCUCUUUCUCCUACUACCCUCCCUAUGCCUAUCCCGCCUCCGCCCUCCUCAUCUUCGGUCUCACCUCCAGCAGGGGUGGGGAUGGCCGGCCCGAGCCAAAUUCAGGCUUCAGCGAGUGCCAAACUCCAGUACCAGAGACUCCGUUCUGUGCCACAGCCACGAAGGUUCUACUCACCUCACCUGCCACUUAAAGCCAAGAGUCUGUGCUCGCGUCGAGGGUCAGCCCACUUCUCCAGCCUGGAGAGUGAGGUAUGACAGGGGGAGAGGAGAGAGGGAGACGUAGAAGCGAGCACCUCUGUUAUAGCGCACCAUGGUGCCAUGGUUGCUGGACCCAUAGACAUGGCUGCCUUGGUAACCAUAGGUAAUCAAUUGACGGCCACCACAGUGGGAACUAAUUUGGACAGUGGUCCAAAUGCUGUCAUUGCUCUGCACGAGAGCAACACCACCGCCACCCGCUCCCUUGUACACGUUGUAGUCAGGGCGACGGUGAGACGCCAUACCAGGUUAAGCUACACCCCCUUGGAUGGUUCCCAUGAGCACGAGAGUGAAGUCGAGGCCGCAUCACCGGGGACAACAGCUCCAGAACUUCUCCUCGGCUCAGAGUUGAGCUUUGUGAUGUCAUCUUCGGUUCUCCUCCCCUCACCAGGUCACAGCUAUGGAUAAGUUAAGUCUCCAACCUGUGAGUAAUGAUGUCAUAUUUGUACACACGCAAAAUGUGUCGUAUGCUCAAAACGUCUCCCUCCCUCUGGCUUUGAGAACAAUUGGGUGGGUUCAAGAGGGAUACCCACUUUCCCUUAUGGCGCCUUUUAACAAGAAUGGUGGACUGGUUCUAGAACAUGAAGAGAUGGGCCCCCUCUUCUUUGCUUUUGUAAAUCGUUUGAUAUGAAAAGCAAUUCAGUCACAUCUCUCAUGCACUCAGUCAGCCUGAUCACCUUUCACUGAGCAAGUGGGGACAAUGCUACAUAUGUACUCUUUGACCUUGCAACACCAUGAGACCCAUCUAGCUCUACCCCUGCAACCCUCUACUCUAUGUGAUGUCACGUUUUAUUAGAAACCAGUCGGACUGAACAGGAUCCACUCCUCCGUGUUGGAGUUUUUGGUCCACCCAGAACUGGAACACACAGUAUGAGAGUAUUUGAACAAAAAAGUAUUUAAAAGGGAAAUAUGAAGAACAAAAAAAGACAUGUAGCAUCUUCUUUUUCUUUUUUUCUUUCUAUUGCUUUUGCUUUACUCCAUCUUUUAUUUCCAACCUUGUUUUAUGUUAUGACUAUAUUUCUCUCACUUGGUUAGUGUUUUAAGAAAGAGGAGGCUGGAUGUGGCUCGUGUUGGAAGUGGGAAUUAUUCAAUUGUUGUGCCAACUGUCCCCACUAAAGCUUAUAAGUGAGAUUAGUUUUCACAUCAUUUAUUUCACAGAGAAAGUGCUAAGUUAUUAUUCCACAACACACCAUCCUAUAAUCGGAUCAAGGGGAUGAUUGGUGCAGUAUUUGUAAUUGGCACUAGAUGGCUGCAUAAUAUUCAAGUAAGCUUUGGAGACAAUUGUGGAAUUAUGCUGUGUUUAAUACUUUAAUUUACAUCAUAGACAGCUGAGGUGUGCCACCGCUUAUUGGUUUCACAAAGGUGGCCGUUGGGAAGCUGAAGACUGGGAAAGUGCAAUGCAUUGAAAAAGGAUAUUAUAUUCCACAAUACUGUUAUCCAGACAUAUUUUGGAGAUGGCUUACAUUAAGCACAAUUAUUCAUUGUAUUUUUCAGUCAUAUGUGCAACAGUUUUAACUGCACAAUCCACAGGUCACGUUAUUCGCUAGCAUGUUUAAAAGAAUCACUUGUUUUUUAUUGAGUGUAAUUUUUUUAAGGAUCAAAUUGGAAGAUACAUAUUUUGUUGAACAUUUACUUACAGUAUAUUUCAGCUUCAGUUUGGAAAAAUUAUUGUGAACGGCUUAAGGAUAGACAGCCGCUGGUGCACUUUCACUUUGAGGCACACAUUCAGUGGCUGACACGUCACCGAAUACAGUCAGUAAUAACUCUAGUUAGGACAGACUGUAUGACUGAGCAAUAUUCCCACCUUCAAUGUGACAGGGAUACAACAGCUGAAACAUUCUAUUUAAAAUGGAAUAUUUUUAUCAGCUGGGCUCAGACAUUCUGCAUCUGUGAUUUACUUUAGACGGGUUCAAUCCAAUUUUGUUGGGUGUGAUUUUUAACUACACAGAGGCGGCAGCGCGUGGCUCCAACUGAGCAGUACACCUUGGAAAUGCUUUGUGUAGCACUGUUUCUUUGUGAGCCACUCCAGAAGCCAUCCACUGUCUAAACGGUGCCAGUGUUGCCAGCAUUACAAUUGACAGAUUCCAUUUUUAUCAGGCCAAGGCGUUCGCCUAAUCUCUCACACUAAGACCAGCCACAGCCCAGCUCUUCUUCUACUCUAGUUGAAUGUAGCUUUGUCACGAUGUAGCAAAAGAACAUCUACUUUUAGACUUUGUAGCUUUUGGGAUGCUGGUGAUAAUGGUUACGGGGGUUGACUUGCUGUAUGAGGGACUGUGCGUUAUAUUUGUGCAUGUUGUCGCAGAUCGAAGGCUUAGUCGACCUUCUCAAUUCCCCCUUGAACUCCUUUGCCUUUCACUUAGGGCAAACAAUCUUUUAUCUGCACUUGGAUUGCUUUUUUUUCUAUGUCUGUGUGGGGCAAUUUAAAAGAAAAGAAAAAUCUGUCAUCAUAACAGAGAGCUCCUUUUUUCAUCUCCACCCUUUAAAAAGUCCCCGAAUCAGUGCAUGUUGAACUGAAUUAAAUCUCAAAGAUUUGUGGUGGGAGAGUUGUGUUGUUCGAUUAGGAGCAAAGGAAGCCGCCUUUUGCGUAGUGGUAUUGACCCUGCUUUACGCUUCAUACCAAUGCUAAUAACCACAGCAACAUUUUGGCUGUGUAGCAGUCAUUUUCAAACAACCAACAGGGCUUAAACCUGCUGUGACAUUGAGCAGUAUUGAUUUCAGUUGAGGCGCUAAUUCUUAAAUCUGUGACUGCAUGAACAGAAAGUGUCUCUUAAAAUAUUUUGCUCCUUUUUUAUUUUCUUUUAUGCUGAGGAAAAAAUAAUAUAUUAAAUAUACUAUGUUUUUGAGAAUGUACCAUGUUAUACUGUGAUUUAACUGAGAUAUUUUAUUGUAUUCAGAUCAUUUGAAUUCUAUCAUUUAUCAAGAAAUAUAUAUGUACAAAUAAAUAUAUACAUAUAUAUAUAUAUACACACAAGUAUAUAUAUUAGUUAAGUUUGGUAUAUUUGGAGGAAGUGUUAGAUGAGCUAGUUUUAAAUGUUUUAGCUUUGUAGCAAAACUAGAAACUGAAAUCAUUUUUGAAUUUUUAUUCCUCCUAUAUGACUGUGAAGACAUUAGUGCCUGUGACAAAAAAAGACAAGUAAAAGUCUAAACUCGCUAUCCAUCUGUAUAUACCACAGCUAUUGGUCUAUCACUCCUCUCGUACUACCUAGAAUUACUUUUUGACACUUGAUGCCCCCCCAACACUGCUAUGUUCCUUGGCACAGUCUGUGUGGUCUCUUUUGCUAUCUCUUCUCCUUUUUUAUUAGCAAGUCAUGGACAUUCUCCACUUGUUUGGGUUACGGCAGAAAGUGAGCGCAUCUCUUUUGUUAAUCAGACCAUCGGCUGACACUAGCAACUUGCCUUUUCCUGAUCAUCCCGCUAUCUCUCACCUAGCAAAAACAAAGAGACCAAUAGAUACUGUGUUCUUGCUACUUUUGACUGAUUGUUAAUGAUGAUCAAUUCAUUGCUAUAUGGAAUAACCUUUGAACAUUGUUACUAUUAGUGACGUGACUGAAGUGUGUAUCUGAUGACCACACCACUGUAGCAAGUCUGGGCUGUAACCACACCACCAGCGAGCGAACGAGGCCACAGUUGCUAUGGUGUUGCCAUGGUAUUUUUCAUGGCGUUGCCAUGGUGUCCCCUGCACCGCCACUACCUGUUGCCUGCUGGGUAAUAUAGCAUAAAGUCCUUUACUUCCCCCAAAGCGCUGAUCAAAGAUCAGCUGUGCUCUGCUCAGCUCAGUCCUGGACGGGAGGUGGAAAAGAAAGUAGCUCACGCUAGAAGGGCGCCGACAUGUCUGCUGUCUCGGCUCAUCUGAUCUGGACUGGACUGGUGGCGAUGAUACAUGUUUUUAUCAUUCUCAUCUUCUAAUACUUCGAUCCUCAGUGUGUUUCAUAUCAUUGAUAGCCAGUAAGCAGAGCAAUGUGUCUCAGUGUGUGUCUAACAUGGAGUGUUGAGCGGUUUCAUGCCAUUUAGGCAUCUUGCAUGUGCUCCAAUCUCAUUUAAAGGCCGUCUGCGGCAUGCUUCCGUCAUAUAUUUCCCUUCUCCGUUGCUGUGUGAAAUGCAUACAAACGCUUUGGCCCGUAUGCAUAUUUAACACACAAUGCAGACCGCACUCAGCCAAUGAUCCUCAUCGCUGAGCCGCCAUCCAAAGCAUCAUCUCAAGUGGUCUGACCACGGCGCACACGUGGCUUUCAUAAUUUAGGAGGCGGUAAACCUGCACCCCAGUCAGCCGAGACAAUGUCUUUUGUAUUCACUUAGGAGAUUUUUGUCUCCGGGGGAUGAACGGCAUCUGUUCUGCUUGUUUUCUGCUGUCUGUUGCUCGUGUCUGCAGUCUGUUCGGCUUCGCACUGUCCUGCCUGUCACUCUCAGUCACUUUCUGUUUAAGCACGUCCUCUUCAAUUUGUAUCCUUUACUGACUUGCUCCUCUUUUGAUUUACCCCGUCUUCCUAAUUUGCAUUGAUUUAUCAGAUUUACCGUCGUUUGCACAGUCCAGUCCAUCCUAGCACAUUAGGCUUGUCGAUUGCCCGACUUUGAAAGCGAUCCUUGGCGCAGCCUCACCACCUCAUCCACUAACAUUUGCCCCGUGACCUCGGAAGCGAUACGAGUGGUGCUCCGGAAUUCAAACAGGGUCCUCAUUGGCUGAAUUGGCCGUGAAUUAUAUCAAGGAAAUAUAGGAGUGCCACUGGUAGUACUCAGCAGGUCGAGGGUGUUACGUCCAUCUUACGCCAUUCAGAGUUUCUCUUUCCCAGUGCAUUUACCCACAGAAACCAGCGCGUGUAUGUGUUUUCAGCAAUGUACAAAGUUCUGCUCUAGUAACCUCUCUAACACUAAAGGCCUACUUAGGUUGCUAAGGCAGGUUUCUAGUGGAGUGAUGAUGUUGCACCUAGCCCAGACUGGUCUGGUCUGUGCCCUAAUUCAAAUGUUAGUUUAUUUGACAUUGUUUUUCUGGGGUGGGGCUGGAGGGUCAGUGGUGCACUUACUUCUUGAGAAUUGAUUCAUAAAAUAUGAUUCUCUUUAAUUACU